AUGAGAGCAGAGCUUCAGGCGGCGGCGGCGGUGAAGAAAGACACAGUCACGGUGGCAGAGGAUGGAGAAAAAUGUGGACUUAGGGUUGAAUGGAGUGUGUACGAAGAGAAGCAAAAACGAAAGGAAUUUGUGUGUAUGCCAACGGUUGUGGCAGCAUUUUCCAAUGUAGGAGAAGAGCAACAGAAGGCGGCAGAAGAAGCUCGAGAGAAUCUGAAGAAGCUUGAGGUUGGACUUGAGGGAAAACGCUUCUUUGGAGGUGAUAACAUUGGCUUUGUGGACAUUGCUAUUGGCUGGCUUCCAUACUGGAUCGGAAUAGUUGAGGAAGUUGUGGCCAUCAACCUUAUUGAUGCAGAGUAA